CAUGGUUUCAGUUGCUUGGAUUAGAUCUACAAUCUACAGUCUGAUGUGAACCUACUGUACUCAUUGUUCUUAAAAGCUGGAGCAGUUGUGGAAACUGCAAAUACCGGUAGCUGAAUAAAUUAUCUAAGAACAAUGGCAGCAAGUGAUAGUCAGCUGGUGAAGUACCCAAAGCUUGUUGACUUUGAGAACAGCUACCAUAACCCUGAAGAGAAAGCGCCAGUGGUGACCAGACUAAAAGGUGCCGUCAGGAAACGGAUAUCCAGGUUUAAUGUCAAGCAUUGCGUGUUCAGUUACCUCCCAAUUCUUGAGACCAUUAGAAAAUACAAAGUGAAAGAAUACCUGCCCAAUGACAUCAUCGCAGGCACGACAGCUGGUGUCAUGAUGAUCCCGCAGGGGAUGGCCUUUGCUGCGCUGUCCACCUUGCCUACGAUAGUUGGCCUGUAUAUUUCCUUCUUUGCUUCAAUCACUUACGUCAUCUUUGGUACCGGCAGGCAGUUGUCGUGGGGAUGUAUCGCAAUUCUGAGUCUUAUGGUAGCCAAUAUACUGGACAAGUAUGAGAAAAGUGUCAACGGAGACCAGGUGACCUGCAGCAAUGGAACUGGGAUGCCCUUAGUUUACAAUGAUACUGACCCUGUUGCUACCAAUGGCUCUGCUCCAGGUGAAGAACAAGACACAUUGACAGAAGCAAAAAUUGUAGUAGCAAGCAGUGUGUCUGUUAUUGUGGGCUUUCUGCUGAUUGUCACAUCCCAGCUGGGCUUGAGCCGCAUCACAAACCUCAUGUCCAACUCUCUCAUCACCGGCUUCACUGUGGGGAUAUCUUUCCACGUCGCUACUAGCCAGCUUCAAACUAUGCUGGGGGUGUCAGUGCCAAGGUCAACUGGUUUAGCUUCUAUAGUUCAAACCUGGGUCAAAGUCUUGAUUAAAAUACCACACACCAAUGUGGCAACAUUGAUCACAUCAGUUAUAUGUAUAGUUUUGCUGUAUCUAAUAAAGACUUGUAUCAAUGAUAGGUUUAAAAAACAAAUGAGGGUGCCUUUUCCAGGGGAGCUGUUUGUUGUUAUAGUAGCAACUCUCAUCUCUAAGUAUGCCUUUCUGCAUGACGAGUUUAAGGUUUCUGUUGUUGGAAGAGUUCCAGUUGGGCUCCCUGGUAUCAAGUUUCCAGAAUUUGUCCUAGUCAAAGACUACAUCGCAGAUGGUAUUGUUAUCAUAGUCAUAGCUUAUGCUCAGACGUUAGCCAUGGCCAAGACAAUGGGGUUAAAGCAUAACUAUGUUGUAGACUCCAACCAGGAAAUGUUGGCCUGUGGUAUAUGUUCUGUUGUAUGUGGACUGUUUUCUGGUUACGUCAGUGCUGCCUCGGUUUCCCGCUCAGUUGUACAAGAUGGCGCUGGGGGUCGUACACAAAUCGCUUCAUUGUUUGCUGCUGGGAUUGUGUUGCUGGUCAUCAUGCUGAUUGGCCCUUACUUCUAUUUCCUGCCUAAGUGUGUUCUGGCAGCUAUUAUUGUCGUCAAUCUCAGAUCCAUGUUUCUAAAAUUACUGGAUAUACCGAAAGAGUGGCGCAAGUCAAAAUAUGAUUGCGCAGUAUGGGUGUUUGCUUGUGUCGCCACUAUUAUAUUCAAUGCAGAUUAUGGUUUACUUGCUGGAGUGACCUUUUCCUUACUUCUUAUAGUGCUGAGAACUAUGCUAACCCCAGUGGUGGAAGCAGGACAGAUCCAGACAAGCCCCCUCACUGUUGAACUUAGAUCUCUUGACAAUUACUCUUCAGUGAAGAAGAUUAAAAAUGUUGUAAUAAUAAAAAUAAAAACCCCUUUAUACUUUGUAAAUGCAGAUAUCUUUACUAGCAAAGUAUUUAGCAAGAGUGGUAUCAACCCAGCUGAGGUCAAGAAACAGUUGAAAGAGAAGUUAAAAAAUGGUGUUGUGGCUUCAGAACAGGGGGAGAGCAAGUCUUUAGAAGUAGCCAAUGGGAAGCUGCUGACUGAGGACAGCCUUACACCAGAGGUCAAGGUUGUGUUGUUAGAUGCAGCUGAGGUGGCCUUCAUAGAUUUGAUGGGGGUCCAAGCUCUGGAGUUUGUCAUCAAUGAACUGACAACUGUUGGCGUGGAAGUGCUUAUUUCCUCCGUGCCUGAGAAUAUUUUACCUAUGUUGAAGUCUACGGGAUUCUGGGAGAAACACGGAGAGCGCCUUUUCUUGUCUGUGGAGUCAGCUCUGGCAUCUGUUGUCCUGGCAGUCUCAAGUGUAGAAGAGAUGAAAGUAGAGGAGAACUUUGACUGCUGAUACAAGUUGUUAGACAGCAGUGCUCCAUACUUUGGCCCACUUUGACUCAAACUUUGAGACAAGAUAUCUGAUUACGACCAAAUCCAGACACUAUAAAAACUUAAGUGUGAAUGUACUUUUUAUUUCCUAAGUAUUUAUAAGCACACCAUGCACAUAAAUAGGUUAUCAUUGGAAUAACCUUUCACCUUAUAGUGUGACGAGAUGCAUGAUGUUAAACCUGUUGACACCACAGGGUCUAGGGGUUACAAUAUUAUGUUUUCAGGUUAUUUGAACUUAAGACAGUAUACAUUAUCAGUUUAUACGAGUUGUAUAGUUAAAUGAAUCAGCAUUUUUAGUUUGUAAAUUAUGUUGUUUUUAUUGCAUUCAGUGAUAAUUUGCAAUUUAGCUGGGAUUAAAUUGUGAAAGAUUAAUUUUGAAAUUUAAAUUAAUCUAUCUCGUAAAAUGUAAUGAAUGAUUAUACUCUUGCGGAUAGUAACUUUUUAGAUUUAGUGACUGCUAACUUAUUUUCUUUUAGUAUUUAAUGAUAAUGUCAUGUUUGCACAGAGAUAAUGCGUCGUUUAAAUUGUUUCUUGGUAGAUGAUACCCUCAGCAAAGAUAGAAACAUUUAUAUACAAACCUGUCAUGUUUGUUUCCUAUGUAAAAUAUCAUAUACAUGACAUACUUUACAGUAUAAAGUUACAUACAGGAUACGGGUCUUAUGAGAAAUUUUACAGUUUUACAGUUCUGUUUGGUGUUUAUAGAUUAAUUGGGAGUAUUUAUUAAGUUUUAAUUAUACUUGUCAAGGGCACUAAUAUUGUAAAUUUUUUGAAUAAUACACUUACCCUUUAGGUCUCAACAUUUAAAAAAAUAUUUCCCAUUCUUUUUGGAUUGAAUGCAGUUAUGACUUGUAUAUCAUAUACAACACUGAGACAAUAUUUAAUUUGAUUAGUGAUGAUUAUAUUUUUUAAAAAGAUUCUGUUAAUGUAGUAAUGGUUGUUUAAUUAUUGUUAAUUGUAUUCUGUAAUAAUAAUAAUUUGAUUUUUGUAGUGAUUAUUUUAUAUUUUAUUGACAAUAAUCUACAUACAACAUUUUCCCAUUUUAUUUUCUGUUUAUUAAUUGAAAAUGGUGAACAGUUUGUUUACAUUGAACAUUGGUGCUGAAAUUUGUUUACUUUGUCCAAUGUUGCCUGAAGUUGGUUUAUAUUGUUUAAUGGUGCAAGAGUUUGUUAAGACUGUACAUAUGACAACAUAUCCCAUCCAAAAUUGUAUACAUGUAUCUGUUUAGCUUUAUGUCUAUAUCAAAAAAGGUAUACAAUGGCAUCUGUUUAGUUUUAUAUGUCUAUAACAGGGGUCUCCAAACUUUUCAGUCCGAGGGCCGCAUUGACUAUCAAAUUUCAGUUCGGGGGCCAGUUUCUUCCGGGCAUGUCUUUGAUUUUUCUGGGCAAAGUUCCUCAGCCAUCACCUACAAACGUUUUUUCCGUGGACAAAAAGAUCUCCGCGGGCCGUAGUUUGGAGACCCCUGGUCUAUAACAUGAGAUUAUUAGGUGACAUACAAUGUUGUCAAUUGUGGUCAUUCCUAGAAACUGCUAAAAAUGUUGGUCUUAAAAUUUACAAAAACUGUGCUCAUAAAAUUCUAACUUAAAUUUUACUUAAGUUAGUCUAAGCCAAAAUGAUUGAUUAUCACAUUAUAUGUGGUGACUGUACCACAUUGAUUAUUACAUAAUUUGUGCUGACUGUGUAGUACUGUGUACCACAUACAUAAUCAGCCUACAUCUGUUAUCUAUGUUAGGUUGCUGUGACAUUAUCUUAAGCCUUAUAUAUUUUAACAGAUUUAAUACAAUAACACUUUUUAAAAAAAACUUUUAUUCAUGGUAAUGAGUGCAAGAAGUUAAUUAACAUAAUUACUGUGUUGUUUUAUCAUGCAAUAAUCAGUGCCAAUUUGUUUUAUCAAUGAAUGUCCAGACUUAUCACAUGACAAAAACAUCUUUCAUCAUUUGAAGGUACUGGACAAUAUAUUUGAAUGCUGCUUUAAUGUCUCAAGUAUAUGAUUAUUUAUUUGCUUGAAUGAGAUUCAUUUCAUGUAGCACUUGUGUAAGUCAUGUAAUAAAAAACAUUUUUGUUAUGUAUAUGUUAUCCUAAAGGCAUUGUUAUAUUACAGAAUUUGGCCGUUUAUGUUUUAUUAUUUAUAAGAAUCGAGAUUAAACUUAGUUUAUAAAAUGUACAAUAGUUUUGAAUGGAUAAGCAUUCAGACA